GCUGAGAAUUCGCCAGCGCGCUCCCCUCCACUCUCUCUUCACGCCCCAACCCCCGGGCCUAAAUUAGCAGGGGCGGGGCCAGCGGUGCUGGGGCGGGGCCUAAGGUAGCCUGGGCGGCGGCGGCAGCAGCGGCGGCCGUGGUGGAGAUCCAGGCAUCUGGGACUGUUGUUCUCUCUCGGAGCGACCGCCUCAGCCUGUUGGCCCAGACAGAGACCAGUAGCUGGUGUGUUGAGGAGCGGGCGGUUGCAUCCUCCUCUCUUCUGCUUCCCAGAGCUGCUGCCGGAGCUGGCGCAAACAUCCUGCGGUUGGUCUCCGAUGCCCUUCACUGAGGAGGGGGCGUCGGGACCCUGGUAAGCUCACCUUAGGCCCCCGCAACUCGGCGUCUUCGUCAGCUCUCUGGCCCGCGUACCCCAGUCUGUCUGCCAUGGCUGAAAACGCAGACGGGGACCUAAACUCCAACCUGCUCCACGCCCCCUACCACACUGGAGACCCUCAGCUAGACACGGCCAUCGGGCAGUGGCUCCGUUGGGAUAAGAACCCCAAAACAAAAGAGCAAAUUGAAAAUCUGCUACGGAAUGGAAUGAACAAGGAGCUGCGAGAUCGUCUUUGCUGCCGGAUGACGUUUGGGACUGCAGGCCUCCGUUCUGCUAUGGGGGCGGGGUUCUGCUAUAUCAAUGACCUUACAGUAAUACAGUCAACACAGGGGAUGUACAAAUACCUUGAGAGAUGUUUCUCAGACUUCAAGCAGAGGGGCUUUGUCGUGGGGUAUGAUACCCGGGGGCAAGUAACUAGCAGCUGCAGCAGCCAGAGGCUUGCUAAACUCACUGCUGCAGUCUUACUGGCCAAAGAUGUUCCUGUAUACCUUUUUUCAAGAUAUGUUCCUACACCUUUUGUACCAUAUGCAGUCCAGGAGCUCAAAGCAGUUGCAGGUGUGAUGAUUACAGCAUCUCACAACCGCAAAGAAGACAAUGGAUACAAGGUUUACUGGGAAACAGGGGCUCAGAUCACAUCUCCUCAUGACAAAGAAAUCCUGAAAUGUAUAGAAGAAUGUGUGGAGCCCUGGAAUGGUUCCUGGAAUGAUAAUUUAGUGGAUACCAGCCCGCUGAAGAGAGAUCCUCUGCAGGACAUUUGUAGGAGAUACAUGGAAGAUCUGAAAAAGAUAUGUUUUUACAGGGAAUUAAACUCAAAGACCACCUUGAAAUUUGUACAUACAUCUUUUCAUGGGGUCGGACAUGACUACGUGCAGUUGGCUUUUCAAGUGUUCGGUUUUAAGCCUCCAAUUCCGGUCCCAGAACAGAAAGAUCCGGAUCCAGACUUUUCCACCGUUAAAUGCCCAAACCCUGAAGAGGGAGAAUCUGUGCUGGAGCUCUCUUUGAGACUGGCAGAGAAAGAAAACGCCCGGAUAGUGGUGGCCACAGAUCCCGACGCGGACCGACUGGCAGUGGCAGAACUUCAGGAGAACGGUCACUGGAAAGUCUUCACGGGAAAUGAGUUGGCAGCUCUGUUCGGGUGGUGGAUGUUUGAUUGCUGGAAGAAAAAUAAAUCACAAAACACUGACAUGAAGAACGUUUGUAUGUUAGCCACCACGGUCUCUUCCAAGAUUCUGAGGGCCAUUGCACUUAAAGAAGGGUUUCAUUUUGAAGAAACAUUACCGGGUUUUAAAUGGAUUGGAAGUAGGAUAAAAGACCUCCUGGAAAAUGGGAAAGAAGUCCUUUUUGCAUUUGAAGAGUCUAUUGGCUUUCUGUGUGGAACCGCAGUUCUAGACAAAGACGGGGUGAGCGCAGCCGUGGUUGUUGCUGAGAUGGCAUCUUACCUGGAAACCAGGAAUGUGACACUGAAUCAGCAGCUUAUUAAAGUUUAUGAAAAGUAUGGUUAUCACAUUUCAAAAACUUCAUAUUUCUUGUGUUAUGAUCCAACUACCAUCAAAAGUAUAUUUGAAAGGCUUCGUAAUUUUGAUUCUCCAAAAGAAUAUCCAAAAUUUUGUGGGACAUUUGCUAUAUUGCAUGUACGAGACAUUACCACUGGAUAUGACAGCAGCCAACCUAAUAAGAAAUCAGUCCUGCCCGUGAGUAAAAACAGCCAGAUGAUUACAUUCACUUUUCAAAACGGCUGUGUUGCUACCCUUCGGACGAGUGGGACAGAACCGAAGAUCAAGUAUUAUGCAGAGAUGUGCGCAUCGCCUGAGCAGAGUGACACCACCUUACUAGAAGAGGAAUUGAAGAAACUCAUUGAAGCUUUGAUUGAGAAUUUUCUUGAGCCCAGUAAAAAUGGCCUGAUCUGGCGUUCUGUCUAGUGGACACGGGUCCGCCGUUCCUGGAUCCUCUGUGCUGGCGGACAGACGGACAACCGGGAGCUCCGCCUGCAGAACUCGAGUUAGCUUCUCCCUCUCCCUCAUCUGGCUGAGUGUCUGUUCACUUUUCUUUUCUUUCUUUUUGGUCAGCUGAUUAAACAAAUGGUGUAACUUUGACAUGAAAUGGUCUGGAGAGAAAAUGAUUCAAGUUUUUUCAUAUUCUUGAACAAAAGUAUUACAUUAAAAGUAUUAUAAUAACACAUUUUUCCUUUAACAGAAACAAAACAGUGCAAAAGUGAGUUUCCUUGUUCGAGUGUGAUUAAGUAAGCUUAGUUCCAUGUUCUUGUGAUUGUGUAUAGCAUGGAUUUUUUAAAUAGGCAGUUAUAUAAUUAUAGAAUUAGUUAAAGAAAUUAUCUCAUAAAAUUGGCAAGAAAACAGCACUUACUCUCAACACUGUGGGAAAGUGUCCAUGUUACAUCAUAGGUAUUGACUUACAAAUUAGAGUAUUUGAAAUAAGGUAGUUAGCAUUUCUAGCUCAGAACAGAUGUUACAAAUGUGGUUCAUAGCUCUUCUGUGUCAGGUGCUGUUGGUGCAGUGUAAAUUUGUCGUAUGUGUUUGCAAUCCCAGUGUGUGCUGAACAUAAAACAAUAGUGGCAACACUCCUAGAAGCUUUGUUCUUGUCAGAUUUCUCAGUGCCUUCUCAGGGGAUGGUGUGAGCUGAAGCAGUGUUCCUGCACUGAAGAGCAUUUCAUCAGUUCAUUCUCAGACAGUUAAGGAAAAUCUUCCAAACUAUAUGGGUGCUUUCCCUCUGUAUUAAAAAGGUUUGCUGACUUUAAAAUCUUGUGAAUGUAUAUAAAAAUCUUAAUAAAAGUAGGCUCCGUGUAACUGUAGUUAGGCAUCUUCAUGUUAGAAUUAAGGGUUCAGUUAUCACAGCCUUUGAGUAAAGAAAAAAUCUGAGCUGAGACAGGAGCUCUGAAUGUACUGAAAAGCCUAACUUCUGAAUUAAUUUUUGUAAGUGGAUUUAUUCCUUUAUGAGAUGAAGUAAUGCUAAUUUUACUAAGAAAUAAAACAUUCAGAUAUUACGAAACACUAAAACUACCGUCCAGUUUAUCCUACUAUCUUGCUGGCUUCCAUAGAAUCUCCGAUCACAGGAAUAACUACUAAACUGGAAGGGACUGGUCGAUUCUGCAGUCUUCUAAAGAGAACAGCAGAGGAGCUCUGUUCAGUCUCCUUGAAGUGCAUCCUGUUGAGCGUAUAGCUCGCAGGACACUUACACACACGUGGUACAGUGAAGAGGUAACAAUAACAAGGCCUUGAGCAUAGUUAUCUGAACAAAUUGCCUGCGGACGAUAACUGGUGAAAAUGUAUUUCCCAAAAUGUUUCCUAAAAAAAUGGUGAUACAAAAUUUGAACUGAUUGAUAUACUUAUUAAAUCAUGGUUUAGUUUGUUGUAGCUAUCGGCUAACAUUUGGAUAAACCCACAUAAUCCAUAUAUAAUUUUCAAAUUAUUGUAUUGCCACUAUUGUUCAUUUGUUCCUUUCUUAUAGAGGGGUCUUGUGUGACUGUAGAUAAUAGACAGCUAGCUAGCUAAAUGUAGAGCACUGUAUUUCUAAAUGAAUGUGUUUUCAAAGGCUUUGCACUGGGAGAAAUGUGUAGAAUUUUUUUGCUUUAUUUGCUUUUAGGAAUGUAGACUGUAAUUUAGGAAAUGGCCUAUAUCCUACAAAGUGGUAUGAGCAAUGCUAUAUGUGUGAAAAAUAUGUAUAUUUGGUUUCCGUGUCUGUUUUCCAUUGACUGAAGGACAAAGUGGAGCUAAAAUGAUACAAUAGCCCAUUUGUAAUCCCUAAAGCCAUGUUAUGAUUGUCAUUCUAUUAUUAUAAAGAGAACAGUUUUAUUGGAGAGCUUUAAUAUAAUGCAACAUCUAAGUUGUCUUAAUCAAGGUGAAAAGCUAUUAAAGCUUGGAUUCUUAUCUCGAAAAUUGAAAAAUCCAAAGUUAAAAUUAACAAAAUUAGUGUUCCUAUAGUGUAUAGAUUGAGGGAAUUAUUUAAUUCUGGCCAAGCUCUCAAGUCUGGCUGAGUGCGAUAUCUAACAUGACCUCCAUACAGUGGGUGGGACACUUGCCCGACAGGAUAAUGCAGGAGCCCGAGCCAACCAGGACAAACAGACGUGCUGGCCAGUGGGUAUGAGCCUGGGGCUGUGCAGUGUUUAUUUUUUUCGUUAUGAGCAAUAGCAUGGAAAUUGGUGCAUUCUCACUGAAUGUGCAGAUCAGAACUGGGACUCUCGAGAGCUCUGGGGCAAAGGAAAGAAUUAGUGGGGCCAGAUUAAAGUGUAGGCUGGAAAUAAACAGUAGAAAUAAGCAAACAAUGGAAAGGUCAGUAAGGUGGCAGGGAAGUGCUUCUUUGUCAAGGGCAAAUUUAUCACCCUAAAAAUAAUAAACUGUGGGUAAGUGGUUUACUUGUGUUUAUUUGUUGCGAUGAUGAGUGAUUGGGGAACCUUUUGUUGUCUUUUAUUAGUGACCACUGAGGAGGCCAAGUGGUAAAACGUGAGAAAAAGUGCCCCUCUUACUGAUUCAGUUUCGGAGAUGUUGUUGUUUCUUAGGAUCCUAUGGGACUGGGUAGGGGAUAUAGCCCAAAUGAAAAGGAAUAACGUAUAGAUUGAAAAAUAAAACCUCUGAGUAAAGAAAAGUUAAAAAAUUAAGAUUAUUUAACUCUGGAGAGGAGAAAGCUCUUGAGAUAGUUUAAUUAAUCUGAAGUUAUUAAGUCAUUUAUUGAAUGACUUAAAUUAAGAAGUAAUAUGAUAAAACUGUCCUCCGUCUCUGGCAAGGAUAAAAUAGGGGGGGAUGAGGAACUUUAAAAAGAAAAAAGGCAGCAUGUGUAGUUUAAGAUUUAAAAACUUGGGCAGGAAUCAUUAUGAAGCCUUCUUUUUGAGUUCUUUAUUUUCAAGAGAAUAAAAAAUUUAAACAGUACAGGAUAUACUAAAUGGCUUUUAUAAAUCUCUUCUAAACCUUUUCUUUAAAACUCAGGUUGAAGCAAAGAUGUCAUAAAGAUCACUGGAAGUCACAUUUGAAUCUCACUCAGUAUCUGUAGGAAUUUAGCUCACAGGAGAGGUGGUUUUUUUUUGGGGGGGGGGUGGGUUUUGGUAGAUGCGUGAAUGGGGUGAGUGAAGACCUGCUUAGGUGUUAUUUUUAAUUUAAUCUGGUAAAUUGAGACUUGAACACAGCGUUGUUCAUCUUGAAGAAUGUAUAGCAUCAUAGGAUAUUUGAGGGGUUUGUUUUAAAUAUAGACUAUUGUUAUUUGGAUAUAAUAACUUCUGUAGAGUUUUCUGAGAAAUUGGAUACUUUGGAAUAUCUUCAUAUAGGAACUCAAACUCCUGUUUCCUGAAAAGGUUGCUCAGCUGGAGUUUAAUGGAGAAGCUGUUCUUGAGCUGCUGCUAUUGGUUUUUCGUUCAGGUCUUUUCCAUUGUCGUUCAUGAUGCUUGAAAAGUCCAAAUUCAGCUUAGAUACAUUUAAUUCCAUGCCCUUUUUUCUCUACCUCCCUCUUUCCCUAUGUGCCCUCCCACAUUUUGUUACUGUGAAAUGCUAUUGCCCUAUUACCUCACUGAUCAGCCCUAACUGUAUCCUCCAGGAUGCUUUAAGCUUAUUCAUAAACUAAGUUGGUUUGUGGACUUUUGGGUAUUUUGUUAUUGUGAGAAUAAGACAGUGUAAGAAGUAAUUUUAAAUCUAUUUCAUAACUUUGUGUAGUCUGUCUGGAUACUAUGUGUUAAUUUAUUAUGGCCUUUUACAAUUCAUUUGUUUUCUAAGAUUGCUCUAAAAACUGAUGAGGAGAGAAUCGUACUAACCCAAAUGAAUGGUCAGUUGAUCUAGCAUUUUCUUUUCAGUUUCCUUGUACUUUGGGCAACCAAAGCACAAGAUUUGAGGAAAUAUUUUUUUGUAUUUGUGCCUCAGAGCAUCUUACCAUAGCCAGAAGGAGUCUGAGUAGAAAGAAGAGAACUCCUAUUGUCUCAGUACACAGUGGGACUUCAGUGCUAGUUGUAAACAGUUAGCAUUCGCCUGUGGUUGCUUUAACAUGUUCAUCAUCCUGUGCUAUCCAUUAAGCCAUCUUUUCUCUUUAUUAAUUAAAGACUAUGUAUUUAAAAAAGAGAACAUAAAAGAAUGAGUGAAGCAACCAAGAUAAGGGCAAAGUGACAUAACCAAAGUUUGCUUCUCAAAUUUUUCCCCCAGCAUGACCCCAAAGCAGCAUGUGUAGGGGGAGGGGCCUGAGAGCAAAGUCAGGCGCACCUGCCACUCAUGAAAUGUCAUGUGACGUCUCAACAGUGUGAGUGAAGUUUGCGUUCUCCACAGUAAGACUGUGUUGAUAUAAAAAUGAUUCCUUCAAUAUCCACCAAAAUGGGUGCUGCCCGAAAGUAGCACCGUGUUCAUCACGGGCCUCCGUUUUCUCCCCCAGCCCCUUCCAAUCUCUGCAGGUCCCUGGCCGCACACACCCUGACUCCAGGGCAAGAAACAGAAACAUAGAACAUAACUGGGAUAUUCCCUGCCCUUUAGGAGCUGCCCUUUGAAAGUAUGAAUGCCAGUUUAAACUGAUCUGAAACUGUUAUGUUACCAAUGAACCUUAUAAUAUAGCUGAGGUGUUGGCUGGUUUGUUCUCGUUAAUUUGUUGGCAUUCCUUGACCGAGAUCCUUCUUGACUGUCAGCUCCCUUUAUUAUGUUCUCAUAUCCACCCACCUAGUAUAGUGUGGUACAGAGUGCUGGUACAGAGUGCUUGAUUGAUGAUAAUAGUAAUUAAGGGAUUUUAUUUUAAAGAAGCAAAGCAUUUAAGAACAAUCAAAAACAUAAUUUUCUAAUUCAGCUUUUAAAGCAAUUCUCAUUACUGAAAUUUAAAAUAAGUAAUGUUUAUCAAGCACACACACCCUUAAAUAUUCGGUUUCUUUGGAGAAAGAAAUUUUCUAUUUGGAAAUUGUGUAUAACACCUAGUAUUUUACACUCAAAGCGAGGUGUUGGCCAAGAGGCUAACAAAGUGUCUACGAAGACUUAACAUCACUAAUAUAAGUGCCAUUUUGAGCCUCCUAGUGCUACCUUUCAAGUGAGUCAUAACUAACUUGAUACCAUGUGGUACAUUGUUGUCCAGCGUUAUGAUUCAGCGUAUAUCUUACAGGAGCCACUCAAGCAAGGAUCUGUAUCUAUCCGUGGUGAGGCCUUCUUCUUAUAGGCUAAAAUAAACUCUUUGUGUACAUUAUUGAACAUGCCAGAGAAAAUGUAUGCAGUUAAGAAUUAAUUUGUUUUCCUGACUGUGCAGCAGCAAUUCAAAUUUGUGCCCUUGUUUUAACAGUUUCUGUCAAUAUCUUCCCAUUUUUCCCUAAGAAAACACCAGGGUGUAUUAUAAAUACUGCCUGUGAGAAUUUGCACUUUAAGUAUCUGUGUGUGGAUAUCUUGUGGUUUUAGCCAAAUGAAAUGUUAUCAGUAAUAAACAGGUCUCUUCAUAAGCAUGAAUUUCUGUGUAAUUUUUAUAUCUUAGCCAUUGUGUAGUUCAUAAAGUUUACUAUCCAAACCGAAUAGUUUUUGAAAUGUAUGUGUAGCAUAC